UAUUGUAUACAUUUUCUUAGAAUUAUAGGAUGCUAUCAAGUCACAAUGACUAAUGAUUUAGAUGAAAGCAGCCAGAGCAGCCAUUUGCUCUCUUUGAAAUGGAACAACCAUUUGUCAAAUUUCAGGAUAGCUAUUGCCUCACUACAAGAAAAAGCUAUGCUGAGUGAUGCCACCAUAGCUUGUGAUGGACACCUCUUCCCUGUACACAAGCUGGUCUUAUCAACAUGCAGUGAUUUUUUUGCCCAACUUUUUUCAAGCACUCCAUGCAAACAUCCUGUGGUAGUGCUACAUGAUCUACCUCAUCAAAACUUCAAUUAUUUAUUGAGCUACAUGUAUGCUGGUGAAGUAAACGUACCACAGGCUCAUCUCCCAACACUCAUCAAAGCUGCAGAAACGCUUCAAAUCAAGGGACUCGCAGCUCCAGAUGAAGAACCAGCUCAGGGCUUGAUAUCAGUCAUUAAUAACCAUGCUGAGAGGAACUCAAGUUUAAGUGACAAAAAUAAUUCCAAAAUACUCAAGAAAAGAAAGAAUUAUCUUUCAGGAAGUGCAAGUAACUGUAAUCAACAAUCGUCUAGUGAUAGUAUAGAUAAUGUUUCCAAGCGUUUGAAAAAAUCUUUUACAAAUGAUUUAGGAAGAAGAGAAUCAUCUCCUGAUGAGGUUGUUCUGCAAAAUGAUCAUCAACAGCUGCAGGAUAGGGAGUUUUUGGAGAUGCAAGAUAAUGUGAAGGAAGAAAAAUCCCCAGACUCUAGUGAACUCCACAAUGAAUUGUUUGAGGAGCAGGGCAUCAGAGUUAAAGAGGAGGGCGAGAGUUCUGACCGAGACUUGGACGACUCGGUAGCUCAAGUAUGGCAGCAGCAGCAAGGAUCCACAGCAGUAAGCUGGAGUAAUGAAUCUGCCAGCGAUCUUUCUUGGCUACCCUUCACUGCUGCUCGCGACAGAAUGGUGUGUUCCAGCGACGCGGACCUGGGAGCCUUCUCAGCCCAUAACAGCGAUCCUACAACUGUAGUUGCCUCCGCCCAGAACGCCUUCGCGUCCUCCGUAACCAACUCUUCAGUUGUCGCCUCUUCAGACGCUAAUGGCGGCUCGGCGUUAACGGAAAAUAUUCUCACUGCAUCAGCUUCUAGAAAUUCUGCGUUCAGCGACAGCGAUCAGCAGCUUCUGGCUUCUGUUGGACGCUUGGAAGCAUUUAGUUGUGCCACCGGCUACCUGCCUCUAUCAUCAUCUGCGUACGAUGGCGGAGGCGGCAAUUACCGCAAAACUUCAUCUUCUCGUAUUUCACAUAUCAUGCAGGGCAAGAAUACUGCGCGGGAAGAAAGCAGUGUUUAUCGCUACAGAGACAAAUAUUCUCGAAGCAACGGAGAGGACUCGAGUGUUGGUAAUGGGAAUUUCUCGAUGUCCGGAUCAUCGGCGCGUCAUUUAAUGUCGUUUGGUGUAUCAGGGACGACAGGUAUCCAUGACUGUCACGUGUGUCUCAAGCAUUUCCAGUCCCGAGCUGACGUGGUGAGACACAUGCGAACACACACUGGGGAACGUCCCUUCAAGUGUCCCCAUUGUGACUACAGCGCCGCGCUCAAAGGCAAUCUUAAGAGUCAUAUCCUGAGCCGACAUCCCGAUGCCCCAGGUAGUAUCGAAUCCAUGUUACGCAAUGUUAUACCCCACAAAUGAUAUCAGUGAUGGGCAUCCCCCUCUUAUAUUCAUGAAGUAUACUCUGAAAAAUGAACAUGACUUUGUCCAAAUAACGAUGCACUUUUUGCCUAGUGUAGGUUAUCGUGACUCAGUUUAGUCCGGAAAAAGAGCGUAUUAGCUCUACGUGCAGAAAGUGUAUCACUAUUUGGAAAGCACGACCCACUAAUUUUUUUUAGUUAUAGCUUCCAUGAGUCGGUCAAAUGGAACGUCAUGUUCCGGCAGCUAAAUUAUAUUCUCGUUAACAAAAUCUUAUUAGUUAUUAUUAUCACCGCCGUUUGACCGCGAUUAUGCAUUAGAGAAAAAAAAUAAUUUGCUCCUGAUUAUUUAUUUAUAACGUGGGCAACCUGGAGAUUCUCUUGCCGAUUUGGUUGCGCUGUGAGUUUGAUAAAUCUUAAUCAAAGUUGUGUUUACAUUCAAUAUGUUGGUUUAACUUUCGAUUAUUACUUCAAUCUUACUGAAGAAAAAUAAGAGUAUUAAUAUAGUAGUAUUAAUUUGGAUAGAUACUCGUGCAAUGAGCAAUCACUCAAAGUUUCAUAUGUAGUAUGUAUUUUUAUGUUAUGAUACCGGCUACGAUAUUUGAUACUAUUUAUAAUCAUGUUAUUAAAGCUUCCAGGAUUAUGCUGACUCUAUGGCUGCUUGCAAUGCAGUUUUUUGUGCUCUUUAACCCUUAAUCUUCUGCUCUUUAACCCUCAAUCUUCUGCUCUUUAACCCUUAAUCGUCUGCCCGUUAACCCUUAAUCUUCUGCUCUUUAACCCUCAAUCUUCUGCUCUUUAAUCCUUAAUCUUCUGCUCUUUAACCCUUAAAUUCCUACUCUUUAACACUACUUCCUAUAUAGUAGAUCGCCGGCUCUAUGUGAUGAAUAGCAUUGUCAUGAAUGUGCAAACAAAGGAUUAAAUUUACACGCAAUAUUUUAUGUUUCAAGUUUAUACGUGAAUUUUUAUGUUUUUUCUCCUAAGUAGCUGGAGUUUCAGUUCAAUAGAGCUUUAAUGAAGGUGCCCGAGCUCGUCUACUGAGGGCGAUAGGUUGUUGAGUGUUGAUGUAAUGUUCUAGAAUAAUGUACAUGUAGGAAAUAUUGUUUCUUUGCCCAAGACAUUGCAAUGUAGUGGAACUAAUAUCACGGUACAAAAUGUAGUAUUUGAGGCAGCGAUUAUGUAUUGGAGUGUAAUGAGGCAGCGAUUAAGUAUUGGAGUGUAAUGAGGCAGCGAUUAAGUAUUGGAGUGUAAUGAGGCAGCGAUUAAGUAUUGGAGUGUAAUGAG